GGGUGGGGGCAGCAUGGCAGCCUCCUUACGGCUCCGAGGAGCUGCCUCCAGCCUCCACUAUUGGAGUCGCCGGCGGUGGCCGGCUAUGGCCGGCCUUCCAGCGGUGUGUUCUAGGUCAAUGGCUUCUAAGACUCCAGUUGGAUUCAUUGGACUGGGCAACAUGGGGAAUCCAAUGGCAAAAAAUCUCAUGAAACAUGGCUAUCCACUCAUCGUUUAUGAUGUGUUCCCUGAUGCAUGUAAAGAGUUUCAAGAUACAGGUGAACAGGUAGUGUCUUCCCCAGCAGAUGUAGCUGAAAAAGCGGACAGAAUUAUUACAAUGUUGCCCACCAGUAUUAAUACAAUAGAAGUUUAUUCUGGAGCAAAUGGAAUUCUAAAGAACGUGAAGAAAGGCUCAUUAUUAAUAGAUUCCAGUACUAUCGAUCCUGCAGUUGCAAAAGAAUUGGCUAAAGAAGUUGAGAAAAUGGGAGCAGUUUUCAUGGAUGCCCCUGUUUCUGGUGGUGUGGGAGCUGCGCGAUCUGGGAACCUCACAUUUAUGGUGGGAGGAGUCGAAGAGGAAUUUGCUGCUGCUCAAGAGUUGCUGGGAUGCAUGGGCUCCAAUGUGUUGUAUUGUGGAGCUGUUGGGACUGGACAGGCCGCAAAGAUCUGCAACAACAUGCUGCUAGCUAUUAGUAUGAUUGGAACUGCUGAAGCUAUGAAUCUUGGAAUCAGGCUAGGGCUUGACCCAAAACUAUUGGCUAAAAUCCUAAAUAUGAGCUCCGGACGGUGUUGGUCAAGUGACACUUACAAUCCUGUACCUGGGGUGAUGGAUGGCGUUCCCUCAGCUAAUAACUAUCAGGGUGGAUUUGGAACAACACUCAUGGCUAAGGAUCUGGGAUUAGCACAAGACUCUGCUACCAACACAAAGACCCCGAUCUUUCUGGGCAGUCUGGCCCAUCAGAUCUACAGGAUGAUGUGUGCAAAGGGCUACUCAAAGAAAGACUUCUCGUCUGUGUUCCAGUUUCUACGAGAGGAGGAGACCCUGUGAGUGUGCCCUUUGGCUGUGGACACUGUUGGAAACGAACUCUAUCUUGGAGCCUCCUUAUAGGUCACUGCACGAGUAAAUGGGGUUAAUCAAAGGUCACAUGUCUGCUUUUAAUUGCUUAGGUCAUAGCAAAUCCUGGGAUUUUUCCACCCAUUUUUAAUUGCUUAUUCUUGUAGAAUAUUUAGCAAACAUAUUUAUCAGAUUUUUUUCCCCUCAAGCCACUAAUGGGCUCUGCUAUAACUAGCUGACAUACCUUUUUUAAAAAUUUGAUCCCUGAGCAUAUUCAACUAAAUCGUUGAAUACUUCAAUCAGAAUAUUAUUUACUUCACUUUGUAAGUAAAACCAAAUAUUUUUUCAACCCGAUUAAAUCCUUCUUAAAGGAAAGAAAAUAAAUUGGUGUGAGUAGAGAUGUUAGAAUAAGGAAGUAUAGCGAGUUCCUCCUUGCAUCCCUCAGGAAGUUUGUCCUGUUAACCAAGUGGUGAUAUUCUUGUAUUACUGAGGUUACUGAUUGAUUUUCCAGGGAUUUGAUAAAGCAGAACUUGUUGCUACGUGUUUUGUAAUUUGGACUCAGUUACAAUAUUUUAGGGUGUGUGUCUCUCUUGUUACAACAACCAGUACUCAGCAGACUUGGUUUUUUUUGUAUUUUUGCUUCCUUGUACAUUCUUACUACAUAUUUUUGCACUUCAAAAGAAUGACAUCUUUAGACCUCCUCCAGAGCCAGUGAUGAUAUUUGCUUUAGAUGAUUAUUACAUUUUAAAUAUAACCACGUUAUUUUGAAGUUAAAUAAAUUUCUAUGCUGAUAAUA